UCUAUCAGACCAGUUGUCAAGCAUCAGCUGCCACUGGGGCAUAACUCAGACUUGGAAGGGAAUUCUACAUCCACGGAUGAGUCCUCUGAAGGCAAUUUGAACCUGCUGGAGCAGACAGAGGUUCGGUACCACCUGAUGCUGCACAUCCAGUUGCAGCUGUGUGAGCUGUCCCUGAGGGACUGGAUAGCCGAGAGGAACAAGCGGAGCCGGGAGUAUGUGGAUGAAGCUGCCUGUCCCUCCGUCAUGGCCAGUGUUGCAACAAAAAUAUUUCAAGAAUUGGUGGAAGGUGUCUUUUACAUGCAUAACAUGGGCAUUGUCCACAGAGAUCUGAAGCCUAGAAAUAUUUUUCUUCAUGGCCCUGAUCAGCAAGUAAAAAUAGGAGACUUUGGUCUGGCCUGUGCAGACAUCAUACAGAAGAGCUCAGGCUGGACCAGCAGAAUGGAAAGGGAAUGCCGACACAUACGUCCAGAGUGGGGACCUGUCUGUAUGCGUCACCCGAACAGUUGGAAGGAUCCGAGUAUGAUGCCAAGUCAGAUAUGUAUAGCCUGGGUGUGAUCCUGCUCGAGCUCUUUCAGCCAUUCGGGACAGACAUGGAGCGAGUAACAGUCUUAACAGGCAUAAGGACUGGUCGGAUACCCGAAUCCCUUAGUAAGAGGUGUCCGGUACAAGCCAAGUAUAUCCAGCUCCUAACUGGGAGGAAUGCAUCACAGAGACCGUCUGCUCUUCAGCUGCUGCAGAGUGAACUUUUCCAGACAACUGGAAAUGUUAAUCUCACAUUGCAGAUGAAGAUAAUAGAGCAAGAGAAGGAAACUGAAGAACUACAGAGGCAACUCAGCCUCCUUUCCCGGGACAAAGGGCUGAAGGGAUGAGAGGGAAAGUGGGGGCCUAGCUGUAUAGCCUGAAUUAUGCUGCCCACCAUGGGAAAGUGGACUUACACUCUU